UCAAAUCAAAACAUUUAAUUUUUGUGUGUGAAAAUGACCGGAAGACGCACUUCUCGUCGCCUUUCCUCGCAAAUUAGCGAUAUUGUGGAAAAUGUCUUGGAAGAAAAGGAAAAUUCGAGAAAAAGUACGCGUCGCAGCGUCAAACCCGCUUACACGAUCGACGAGGAAGACGACGAAGCAACUCCCGAGAAGAAACCUCGUCGUGAACGGGCUCUCAGUACAAAAGCUUUGGAAAAUGCAGCACUUGAUGUGUCAGAUAUUCUCGCCGAAAGUCCCGUGCGGAAGUCGACAAGGGGACGAAAGUCGAAAAAACUCGACGAAGGAUUUGUUUACGAGUCGCCGUCGCGUAAAAAACGCACAAAAAAGCCCUUGGACGAUGAAGAAAGUGACAAAGAUGAGCCGGAAAGCGAUUUGGAAGAGCUAGAUGCUGCAGAAAAGCCGGAAAAUUUGUUCACUGAAGAGAUAGAUGUCGCCGGAAGUCAAAUGUUUGGCUUUAAAACCCCCAAAAAACGUGAUGGGAUGUCGUUGUUGGCUUAUAACACGCCAAAAACGCCUCAGAAUUUGCAAAAUACUCCGAAGUCGGCUGCUAAAAGGAAUGUGAUGAAGACUCCGAGUCAUGUGAGGAGUAAAAUUAAAGAAAAAUUAACAAAAAUCGCCCUCGCCAACGAUUCAGAAGACGAUUUCAGCUCCGAUCACAGCGAUUACAACCCCGAUUCGAGCACUUCUUCCUCCGAAAAUGACGAAGACGAUGCCGCCAGUGACAAUUCCGACACUUCUGAAGUACAAAAAGCACCAAAGAAACCAACUGCCAUUCAAUUCCCGAUGACACCUUCCGCUUCAGGACGCGGGCGAAAUCGCAAAGAUGUCCAAUACGUGCUCGAAAGUGAUACUUACUUCAAUUCUCAUGCCAGUUCGAAGGUUACGACGUCAAAUCACACCUUGGAUCGCCUGAAAAAUCCCCGUUUAGAGCACGACAAACUUUUUAAACUUUUAUCUGAGAUGUCGCUCACAAAUGCGCACGAAAAAUCGAUAAAAGCCAUGAACGAGGAGUACCGAACGCAAUUCGCAAAGUGGAUUUUCCUCUUUAACGAGGGAUUUAACAUCGUGAUGCACGGAUUGGGGUCGAAAAGGAACCUUUUGAGUCAAUUUCACAAGGAAAUUUUAGCGGAAAAGCCCGUAAUUGUGAUUAAUGGAUUUUUUCCGUCACUCACGUUGAAGGAAAUUCUCGAUGCGAUCAUCGUUGAUGUCUUGGAAGUGUCGCCGACGGGCACUCCCGAACUUCUUGUCGACCAAAUCGAGUCAGAAUUCAAGAAAAUUCCCGAAACGCAUCUUUUUUUGCUCGUUCACAACUUGGAUGGCGUCAUGUUGAGGAAUGAUCGUGCCCAAAGUGUUCUCAGUCGACUCGCUUCUGUGCCAAAUAUUCAUUUAAUCGCGACAAUUGAUCACAUUAACACGCCCCUGCUCUGGGAUUAUUCGAAACUCACGAGUUACAACUUUAUUUGGUGGGAUUGCACGACAAUGUUGCCGUAUAAAGACGAAACCGCGUACGAAAAUUCGAUGUUGAUACAGAAUUCGGGCGCGUUGGCUCUGAGUUCGAUGAAAAACGUUUUCUUGUCGCUCACGACGAACGGCAGAGGCAUUUACAUGAUUAUCGUAAGGAGUCAGUUGAAUAACAAGGGAAAUCCGAAUUAUCAAGGCAUGGCGUUUAAGGAUUUGUAUUCGAGUUGUCGCGAAAAUUUCCUCGUGAGCAGCGAUUUGGCACUCAGGGCGCAGCUUACGGAAUUUUUGGAUCAUAAAAUGGUGAAAAUAAAAAGAGCGGGCGACGGCACGGAGUAUUUGAACAUUCCGAUUGAGUAUGGAUUGCUUACGCAGUUCACGGAGGAGCAGGAAAAAUUAUAAAAAAAAUCUCAAAUUUUUCUUUUUGUUUGUUAAGUUUUAUUUAAUAGGCGUCUUAAAAUUAUUUUUAUUUAUUUUUUCAGAAAUUUUCAAAGAAAUUUAUUAAAAAAAAUUAAUUUCGAAGAUUUUUCU